AGUUUAUUGCAUGGUAGCAUUUAAACAAAUUAGAUUCAAAUCUUAUUCUUGAAGCCUUAAAGAAUAUGAGAAGAAAACUUUAUACCAUUAUAGGCUAGAAUAUUAAUUUAGCAUUAGUAUUCUAAUUCUUACCUUUUCAAUAUUUCUGGCUCUUGUUUUCUUCAUUAAUUCCACCAUUCCAAUUUUUGAUCCUUAAUAACAACAAAGAACCUUUCCUAGAGUUUUUUAUGGUACCACAAAAUUUUUUUGAGGGGUGAAAUUCUUAGAGUGAAUUUAGAUGAAUGAGAAUAAGAUUGAUUAUUUAGGAAGGAUUCAACAAAACCAUAUACUAAAUGGUGAUUUUAAUUCUGAGCUAGGAAAUUGUUCUAGUCAAUAUUUUGAUAUUAGAAAUGCUUCAAAUAUUGGAAAUUUUAGUCAACAAUUUUCUAUGGAACAAUCACCAUAUAUAGUUCAAAGUCAAAACCAAGGAGUUCAAGGAAAAUCAUCAUCUAACACAAUUAUAAGCCGUUUUGAGUCACCAACUUCAGCUUUUUAUGCAACUGAAAUUUGCAUGGGAUUUCCACAAUAUGAUUACCAAGUUGGUAAUAAUAAUAAUAAUGGUUUUCAACAAUUUUCUAAUAAGGUUAAUGAUUUAGAAUUUCCUUUGUAUCAAUGUCCAAGGGAAAAUAAUAAUCUCUACCUUGAUUCAACAAAUCAAACAACUAGUCACAAUUUUGAGUUGUCAAAUUUAAACACUUUACAACCAUUGAUUAGAUCUCAAUUAAAUAGUGAUCAAUGUUGUAGAUCUCCUGAAAAAUCCAAUGGUGGAAAUUUUCUAUUCAUUGAUGAUGCUGCUACAAUUAGUAUGAGUCCAUUAAUUCAUUCUAAUGGAAAUCAUGAUCAUAAAGUUUCUUGUGGUUCAUAUGAUUUUCCUGUUUCACAACUGAAUUUCUCUUAUCAGCAAGAGAAAUUGUCUCCAUCAAUGUCAACAUGUUCUGGAAAUCAUGUUUCUAAUGGAUCAUCAGUUUCAAGUAAAACAAGAAUAAGAUGGACUCAAGAUCUUCAUGAGAAAUUUGUUGAGUGUGUGAAUCGUCUUGGAGGCGCCGAGAAGGCAACACCAAAAGCUAUAUUGAGGCUGAUGGAAUCAGAUGGAUUAACAAUCUUCCAUGUUAAAAGUCAUUUGCAGAAAUAUAGAAUUGCAAAAUAUAUGCCAGAACCAGCUCAGGGGAAAUCUGAGAAAAGAAGUCAUGCAGAGAAUGUGAAUCUUGAUGUCAAAUCUGGAUUGCAAAUUAGAGAGGCACUUCAACUUCAGCUAGAUGUUCAGAGACGUCUUCAUGAACAACUAGAGAUUCAGAGAAAAUUACAGUUAAGAAUUGAGGAACAAGGAAAGCAGCUAAAGAUGAUGUUUGAUCAACAGCAGAAGAGAACUAGUAGUAGUGACCAAUUGGACACUCAGAAUUUGGACAAUACAUCAAAUAAUGAUAAACCAAUUAGUCCUAAAGAUAUUGAGGCUUCAAUUUUUGAAGGGUCUGAAAAUAAUCCCUUAUUCCCUUCAAAGAUAAGUUAGGUCUCAUACUCAUAAGCUGAUAUAUCUCAUAAGUGAAAGUGAACCACACCAUACAAUUUUGUAAUGGGAAGUAAAUUAGUCUUAUUGUUGUCCUACAAGUCCAAAUUUAGUAAAUAAGUAAGUAUAUAUAUAUAUGAUAUGAUAUGAGUGUGCUGCAACUUUUUCAUUCCUUUGAAAACACAUUAUAGUUUGUUAAUUUAUAAUGUUUCACACAGAGAGUUUUUGUAUAAGCUCAAUGCAGGGUUGUUUUUUAUUUUUUACCCUACCUCUGCAUUUAAAGAAAGAUCAAUGCAUAUUAUUAUUUUUUGUUUUUGUGUAAACCAGAUAUUCUCUGCACGUAAUUGUAGAGAUUAAUAUUACGAAACUCUCUCUAAGAGUUUUAUCGCUGCUUGCAUGAUCUUUUCAAUUACUUUUAAGUUCCAUCAUGUAAUUUCAAAUUCCCUCAUAAGUAGUCCUUGUUGUCAUAUUCUCAAUCAUUCAUGUAGUGAUGACAUGGCAAAGUUUGAGCCAUGUGUACUUUGACUCAUGUUGAUUUUAGUAUGAUGUGGCCUAUAGAUUAUUAAUUCAACAUUUUAAUUAAUUUAAAAAAAUUACAAAUCAGAAAAACACAAAAGAGUA